AUGUUCCAGAGAACCGGCCUGUCCCCGUCCAACGUCUCCGAAGCAUCGACGUCGUCGCAGCCCUCGGCCGCCCAGUUUUCGGGCACCAGUGACGCUGCGUCACCCGAGGCGAGAAAAUAUGUCACUCAGGCUUGCCAGCCCUGUCGUGCCAAACGCUCCAAGUGUGACAAUGCCCAUCCCACCUGUUCAGCAUGUGUGGCGCGAGGGACCCUCUGUGUCUACUCCGAUGUCGACCGCCGGAGAGGUAAAUUGAGGGCGAACGAGACCGAUGCCCUACAGGAGAGAGUCCGGCGAUCCGAAGGCAUCAUAAAUGUUCUGACGCACGGGUCCGAGGACGAAGCUUACGACCUGUUGAGGAGGAUGAGGCUUAACCCGGCUCAAUCUCCAGGUCCCGAGGGGUUGCCAGACUGGACGCACUCUCGGGAGAGAGAGACCGAUUUUAAUACCACGGUUGCACGGGUCUACACGGUGAACGACCUGCCACCCGAAAAUUUGGUACUGGAAGGUAUAAGAGCAUACUUUAAUUGCACCUAUACGCUGUUGUAUAUCUACGAAAAGCAAGAGAUGGACGACAUCUUGAACCGGGUGUACCGAACCCACGACCCUGUCGACAAUGCGACCCUGUGCGAACUCUGCGCCGUAGCCGCUGUCGGAGGCCACUAUGAUGGGGAUAAGUUUGACGGGCCGGUCAUGGAAGCCUUCUAUCAGACCGCCACGAUUUAUAUGAGUGACUGUAUCGAGUCACAAUGGCUGCGAGGCAUGAGAGUUGUCCUGUCUCUCGGCAUUAUUUCGUCUAUGACCAAGCGCACGAGUGCUCGAUUAUCGAUCGCGUCUGGAUUGAGACUGGCUCGGUGGGCGCGUCAGCGGCAGCAAGAUAACUUGCCCUGGGUGACCUACCGCAAAGUCUACCGGUCGCUUAUUUUUAUGGAAUGCUGGCUUGCCUCCAGUCUCGGAUAUCAGCCUGAUCUCAAUAGCGAAGAGGCCGAGUUUACCAGACAAGACAUUAUCGAAGUUCAGCCGGCAACCGAGAACCGCAUCCAAGCCGAAAUUUGCACUGUUGGUCUUAUGAUGGCAGGUAUUCUGCAGGACGUCCACAAGUCGAGUUCGGCCGUGUUCUCCAUUGUCGAGAAGCAUUCGAGGAUAUUAGGUGAGUGGCAGGAAAAACUACCUGACUCGAUGAAACUGGAUGCGCUCGCGAAAGGCUCCGGGAAUGUGUUUCCGGAGCCGCAACGACGAGCCCUUAUUCUCGUACAUGUUUUAUUUCUGGGAGCAAAAAUGAUGCUCCAGAGACGACUAUUGGUGGAAAUGGCAAACUGUCGAAUGAAGAGGCGAUGGACGCUGGAUGGAACCCUGAUGCAAGGUGAGAGCGUCCAGAGGGAGUGUAUCGAGGCCGCCGAAUUUGGGCACGCGUUUAGCGCCUGCAGUGUCCUCCUUUUCGCGACGGCUCAGCGACUCCUAUACGACCAGAGAGACAGGGUUCAGGUCUACCUCUCCAAAUCACAGGAAUGCAUCAAUAUGCUCGCCAGCUGCAGCGUUGUCGACCGUGUGGCAAACUCCUUGCUUCAGAUCGUCCGGCCGCUGCACCAAGAUCUUCUGCGACUAGCUACCAUCGAAUCCAGCAGUCGUCCGAAGAGCGGAAUCUACGAUCUACUCGAAAACCCACAUGCGGACGCUGCCACCGGUACAUCCACGGCUGCGAGAAUGCGAGGGUGGUCCCCGGGGGCUCAGCCAUAUCCGGGCUCUACCGGCGAACCCAGUACGACGCCACCAAUCCGCACCGCCGCUAUACCGGCCAUGCAGAAUGCGAUUGAAGUUCUGGGAAAUCCGUUCGGCCUUCCAAGAAGGCUAAAUACCGAAUCGUUCGCCACAGGGGACCCUAACGUUCCGAGUUGGUGGAAUUGA